AUGGCUUCUUCAUCCGCUAACCGCCCUGUUUUUUCCCCUUCUCCUACCCCUACUCCUCCGGCUUCUCCACCUUCUUCUCCCGAUCCCCAGAAUCCUCAAGACCCUCCGGCCUCCCCUGAAUCUCCCCCACCUCCUCCUAAUAUGCCUAAGCCCAUUCCCAUAUCCAGGCUAGAUGUCGCAGAUAUGAAUAAGAUGGCCGAAAUAUGUAAAAACCCCGCAGGCCUGAGGCAUGUCGUGGAGACAAAAAUGCCGAUUAAUUUUGUCCGCUGCCGUCCCUCUGAUCCCGGGGAACGUGGUUCUAGGACUCAAGGUUCCAGCGGUAGAGGCUCUGGAGACGCCAGCUCCAGGGCAGACAUGUCAGAGCAGCCCGCUGGCUCUGAAAUGGACACCUCUCGGAUGGUGUCCGACGUCGCGGGGGUGAUCACCCCCACACGAAGCUUUCCUCCAGGUAGGGGAAAGUCCAUGAAGGUCUUGGAGAUGUUCAGCCCGGAUCGGCAGAAGGUCGGCGGCUCUGGUGCUAGCUCUCACAGGGCAGAGGGGGGGCUGGAGUCCCAAAUAGGUGAGGCAAUCCAGUGUAUCGAUGAUUACGAUACACUGGAGAAAGAUUUAAAAAAGAAGAAGGAUGCGCAUGUGAAGCGUGACCAGGAGGUCACGGUCCUGAUGGAGUGCUUCAGCAAGGCCGACACGGAUAUGGCCGCGCUGCAGGCCAAGGUUGAGCAGCUGGAAGUGGAGAAGGCCUCCCUGGCCUCAGAGCUGGGGAGGGCUAAAAAAGAGGGGUAUGAAAACCUGGAACGCUUCCGGUCCCGAUACUAA